UCCGGUCUGAAAAGUACUUCACCUUCUUCACCAUCAUUCAGACAUUGAAAGCAAACCCUUGAUUUUCUCGUGAUACCCUUAAAAGCUCUCGCAUAUUCUUUUACUCAAACCCAACGCAUACCAACCACCUUUACAACAACCAAGAUGGGUGUCUUCAGCGAGCUCGGUCUCAAGCCCGGCGUCCUCUACGGCGAGGAGGUCUACAAGCUGUUCGAGCACGCCAAGAAAAAUGGCUACGCCAUUCCCGCAAUCAACGUGACCUCGUCGUCCACCAUUGUCGCCUCCCUCGAGGCCGCCCGCGACUCCAAGUCCCCCAUCAUCCUGCAAAUGUCCCAAGGUGGUGCCGCCUACUUCGCCGGCAAGGGUGUCUCCAACACCAACCAGGAGGCCUCGAUCGCUGGUGCCGUUGCUGCCGCCCACUUCAUCCGCUCGAUUGCUCCCAUCUACGGCGUCCCGGUCGUCCUCCACACCGACCACUGCGCCAAGAAGCUUCUCCCGUGGCUCGAUGGCAUGCUCGAUGCCGAUGAGGCUUUCCACAAGGACAACGGCAUCCCUCUGUUCAGCUCGCACAUGAUCGACCUGUCGGAGGAGCCCCGUGACUGGAACAUCGAGACCACUGCCAAGUACCUCAAGCGUGCUGCCCCCAUGAAGCAGUGGCUCGAGAUGGAGAUUGGUCUGACCGGUGGCGAGGAGGAUGGUGUCAACAACGAGGAUGUUGACAACAACUCCCUCUACACUCAGCCAGAGGAUAUCCUCGCCAUCCACGAGGCUCUGAGCCCCAUUUCCAAGUACUUCUCCAUUGCCGCUGGCUUCGGCAACGUCCACGGCGUGUACAAGCCCGGCAACGUUCGUCUUCACCCUGAGCUGCUUGACAAGCACCAGAAGUACGUCAUUGAGAAGACCGGCUCCAAGGAGAGCAAGCCUAUCUUCUUCGUCUUCCACGGUGGCUCCGGCUCCGCCGACUCCGAGUUCCAGGAGGCCAUCAGCUACGGUGUCGUCAAGGUCAACCUCGACACUGACCUCCAGUGGGCGUACCUGAGCGGUAUCCGUGACUACGUCACCAGCAAGAUCGAGUACCUCAACUCGCAAGUCGGCAACCCUGAUGGCGCUGACAAGCCUAACAAGAAGUACUACGACCCCCGUGUCUGGGUUCGUGAGGGUGAGAAGACCAUGAAGGCCCGUGUCCAGCAGGCUCUCAAGGUCUUCAACGCCGAGAACACCAUCUAAGUUCCCACACAACCUAUGAAUUGAUGCUCGUAAUGAUGAAUCUGUCUCGCUAGACAGGCUUUGUUUCCUCGGAAUAUUGCCUGUUUUGCAUGUAUUUUCAAGGGAUCUCUGGGAUUGACUGGGAAUGGUUUGGUGUGUGGCGCAAAAGAAAUUUGGUGUUGGGGCGGGAGUCGCUGGUUCAAAUAGCCUUAGCAGGCCGUAAACUUAGACCUCGGAUUGAGGACCAAUGAAUUAAAAAAAAAUUGA